AUAAAUGUUCGGCCCCUCUUUGCUCCUUUUCCCAUUUAGGCUCUUCCCCUUCAGUGCCCUCGAAAGACAAAGGUGAGGACAGCAGCUUCACCGGUAGCUCUUGAGCAUGCGCGCGCCCCUCGGGCAGGCUACCUAAUAGAGAGUAAAGAAUGUGACCCUUGGGGCUGGGCAAGUCUUAGUCUUAAUCCCACACGGAGCGCGGGGAAGACAGAGUCGCCAUUGCGGGAGGGCGAGCCGGCCGCGAGCUCGGGCGCUCUUAGCAGAGAGGAGGCAUACCUGUCACCUGCAGCCGGUCAGUCUUUCUCCUGAGGAGGUCAGCAUGGCAGAGGCGCAGGGGUCGCUUGAACCGCCAGCUCCGGCCGAGAAUGAUGAAGAAGCGCUAAAGAAAGGCGGGGACGAAAAUGGAGCGCCAGUGGACGCAGACGAAGAGGAGAGGAAGCAGCGCCCUGCCUGCACCGCCGAGGAGGGCGACCCUCUGAAAGAAGCAUCUGAAGAGAAAGCCGGGGAGGAAGAAGGUGGGAGCCACGGGGCGAGUCCUCUGAGCCAAAGCAGCGGAGAGACCACCCCAAAGACCGAGGACGAGGACCAGGCGAAUUCAGCGGGGCGACCUGCGGAGGAAGUUGGAUCCGCAGACAAUCCGAGUGCAGAAGGAACAGCCAGCUCCGAAAACCCCGAGGAAAAGUCUGAAAGCAACACCUGUGCCGAGGCUACUGUCCCCGAGCAGCCUCCGCAGCCAGCAGGAGAAGCGGCCGGGGGCCGAAGGGCAAGCCAAGCCGAGGCAGGCGACGCAGAAGAAGACCCCGAAGGAGAGGAGCCCGCGGAGGAGAAGAGCGCAGCUGAGCAAGAGGGGCUGCAAAUCCCAGGAGAGGAAGAGUGCGCCGGGGAUGAGAGAGAGGAAGACACCGCGGAGAAACGCUCCGAAAAAGUAUCUCCUGCAGUUGCUGAAGGAGGAGGACAAGAAGAGGACGAGGCAGAUGGUGACAUCCAACUGGACGAGCAGCUGCCGCCAGCGGAGAGGUCAGCGCCGACCGGAGAGGAGACUCCGCGGGGAGACAGCCCUCCCAGCGAUACCCCCGUUGAAGAAACUCCGGCAGCAGAGGAGAACCUCGCCGCGGAAGAGGCAGAAGUAAACGAGGAAACCCAAGCAGCGGAAGAUGCCAGUACAGGGGAAGCUGGCGCCCAGGACAAUCCUGAGGCGAGCGCCGAGGAAGAGGAGGAGCAGGAGCAGGAGCAGGAGCAGGAGCAGGAGCAGGAGCAGGAGCCGCAGUCCGCGGAUUCUGGAGCGACGGGAUCUCCGGGAGAGGCUGAUGAACGCAGCGGCCACAUACAGCAGGAUGAACCUGUCGACAGAUCCCACAAAGGGGCUGAAGAAGUAGAUGCUUUGGGGCUGAAUGGCAUGCAAGGAAGGGAAGAGGAAGAAGCGGCUGUAGAAGGGGAGCAGGCAGUCCCCCUCGAUGCGCCUGAGGAAGAGAGACAGGAACAUGAGAUUUCUCUCUUCGUAAAGGCUGGCAGUGAUGGGGAAAGUAUUGGAAAUUGCCCAUUUUCUCAACGCCUCUUCAUGAUUCUCUGGCUAAAGGGUGUUAUUUUUAAUGUUACCACUGUGGAUUUGAAACGGAAACCUGCAGACUUACAGAAGUUAGCUCCAGGAACAAAUCCUCCAUUUAUGACUUUUGAUGGUGAUGUUAAAAUAGAUGUAAAUAAAAUUGAGGAAUUUCUAGAAGAAAAGUUAGCACCACCAAGAUAUCCUAAACUUGCACCAAAUCAUCCAGAAUCAUACUCUGCAGGAAAUGAUGUAUUUGCUAAAUUUUCUGCAUUCAUAAAAAAUACAAGGGAAGAUGCCAAUGAAAAUUUAGAAAAAGCAUUGCUUAAGGCUUUAAAUAAACUGAAUAAUUACUUAACUACACCCUUGCCUGAAGAAAUAGAUGCCUAUAGCACUGAAGACAUCACUGUUUCCACAAGGAAAUUCCUAGAUGGUGAUGAACUCACAUUAGCAGAUUGCAAUCUCUUGCCAAAACUUCAUAUCAUCAAGGUUGUGGCAAAGAAGUAUAGAAAUUUUGAAUUUCCAUCUGAAAUGAUUGGUAUCUGGAGAUAUUUGAAUAAUGCAUAUGAUAGGGAUGAAUUCAUAAAUACUUGCCCUGCAGAUCGGGAAAUAGAACAUGCCUAUUUGGAUGUUGCAAAAAGAAUGAAAUAAACCAAGAAUGUUCUGUGUCUUAUA